AUGUGGGAUCAGGAUCAAGGGUUGAGAAUCCGAGAAAAUCAGCAGCAGAAAAAUAACCAAGCGAUUGCCGACUACCUGGGAAGCAAUGGAUACACAGACGCCCUCGAGGCAUUCCGAAAGGAGGCAGAUAUGCCCAACGACAUCGACCGGAAGUACGGAGGCCUGCUGGAGAAGAAGUGGACCUCGGUGAUACGGUUACAGAAAAAGGUCAUGGAACUGGAGGCCAAACUGUCGGAGGCGGAGAAGGAAGCCAUCGAGGGAGCGCCCACCAAGGCCAAGCGCACACCGACCGACUGGAUUCCGCGGCCACCGGAGAAAUUCGCCCUGGCCGGGCACCGGGCUACCGUCACCCGGGUGGUGUUCCAUCCGGUGUUCAGCAUGAUGGCUUCGGCCUCCGAAGAUGCUACCAUUAAAAUUUGGGAUUUCGAAACGGGCGAGUACGAGCGGACGCUCAAGGGUCACACCGAUUCGGUGCAAGAUCUUGCAUUUGAUGUACAAGGAAAAUUAUUAGCCUCCUGCAGUUCCGACCUGUCGAUCAAGCUGUGGGACUUCCAGCAGACGUACGAGUGCAUCAAAACCAUGCACGGCCACGACCACAACGUGUCGUCGGUGUCGUUCGUGCCGGCCGGAGACUAUCUGCUGUCGGCUUCGAGGGACAAGACCAUCAAGAUGUGGGAGGUGGCCACCGGGUACUGCGUCAAGACCUUCACCGGGCACCGGGAAUGGGUCCGGAUGGUGAGGGUCAACGUGGACGGUUCGAUGAUGGCAUCCUGCUCAAACGAUCAUUCAGUGCGUGUCUGGCAGACCAAUUCCAAGGAGUGCAAGGCCGAGCUUCGGGAGCACGAAAAUACGGUCGAAUGCAUUGCUUGGGCACCAGAGUCAGCCGCCGCCGCCAUCAACGAAGCGGCCGGGGCGGACAACAAAAAAGGAGCUCACCAAGGUCCCUUCCUGGCAUCAGGAUCCAGAGACAAAACUAUCAGGAUUUGGGACGUCAGCUCCGGGCUCUGUCUAUUCACGCUCUCCGGCCACGACAACUGGGUCCGGGGCAUCGUGUUCCAUCCCGGUGGAAAGUACAUGAUCUCGGCCAGUGACGACAAAACGUUGCGCGUCUGGGAUCUGCGCAACAAGCGUUGUAUGAAGACUCUCUACGCUCAUUCGCACUUCUGUACAUCACUCGAUAUGCAUAAAUCACAUCCGUACGUAAUAUCGGGUAGCGUGGACACAACGGUGAAGGUUUGGGAAUGUCGCUAAGCGCACAUCGCCUUUCGGGAGCGGAGCGGGAGUUUUUGUACUAUCUUUGAUAUAGUGAUGAAAUUUGGAGCAGUGUACGAACUAGCAGAGCAGCUGUGCAGCGACAGACACGAGGUAUCUAAAAUCUCUUGAAACUAGCAAAACCAGAAAAGCAAGAUUCUUACAUGGAACCGGCCAUGCACUGGCCAGGUGACAUAGGCAUAAGAUAUCCCUUCUUCAUAUUCUACACACACAAUCUCACGUAAGAACAAUAUUUAAUAUUAAAAGAAAUCACAAUUACAGUUGCAGAAAAUAUCAGUAAUAAAAGCUAUUUAAAAUUCACUACUCCUAUCCUUGUUUUCUCAAAGAUAUUAUACAAUAUGGAAUGCCAGAUAACGUAAAAUAAGAAAAAAACUGAACGAAAGUGCUGAUCAAUAGUGUUGACGGACAUUUUUUAUUAAAAUGGAUAAAACGUGGCAGAAUUGAUCAGCAUUUGCGUGUUGAUUUACGUUUGAUAACCUUUUACACACAACCCGACAGGACUAAAUGGAGCAAAAAUCAAUACGGCAAAUUCACAGAAUAACAGAGACAUACAUAAAGAAUACACGAAUGCAAACAUAAUAAUCAUAUUAUAUUCUUAUAAUUACUGUUCCUUAGAAUGUAGACAUCUCAUAUUGGAAACUAGAAAUUGAAAUCUAAAUUCAAACAAUUGAAAGUGAAGAACGUUUUGAUUUUCGGGAGAGGGAAGCAAACUCGCUGACGAUCGAAUAAACCGGACAACCGACAUCCAUGUGACGAAACGUUGAACAAACAACUUACCUAUUAUAUUGCUAAUCAAACGAACGAAUUUCGAAAAGAGGAAUACAGUUUCAACAUCUAACGAAGUUUGCCAGAUUGAUAGUCUGUUUGAUACCUUGAAGGUUGUUCAGCUCCCACCAGCCACUCGUCCGUUGUAUUGCUUCGUUGAAAAAAGGUUCUCCCGAUCAAAAUGUUGUAAGUGCAUUAUUUUUCACCUUCUUUAGUUCCUCAUCGCUGACAGGAACGUGAUCGAACUUCAGCCUUUAUUUCACUUGAACAGAAUUUUUGAAACAUUCAUCCUUGCUCAUUUCUCGCGUAGCUGCUCAAACAGAGACUUCCGGGUGCAGUUUUUGCACUGCUCCGAAUGGUUUAUAUUUACCAUUAUUAUAGAAUCAUGUAAAUAUAAAUAGAUAAUAUGGAUAUUAAUUCACAUUCGCAGAUCCGAUUAACAUUUAUUGAAAUAUAUUGUAGCUCGAUUUCGAGACACACUUUCGAUUUAGCACCUUCAAAUUUUCUUAUGCUAGGUUUUUGCCACUAUAUUUUACUAGUGAUUACAGUUCAAAGAAUAAGUUAUGAAAAUGAUCACUCGGCAACUAAUGUGUUUCUUUUAUGGAAAUUAUACUCUAAAUUGUGUUUGAAAUGAUUCGAGCGGACGAAUGAAUGGUCGAGAGAAUGCGUCAACAUUGCACGUGAUCGUGCAGGAAGAGAACUUUUUUUUGGAAAAAAAAACAACGAAUGCAACCAAUGUGAUUCAUUGAGUGCUGCGUGAUCUAGAGCGAAUAAUCUACGAUAGGACAAACAUACUGUUAAUUUUGUAAAUUAAACUACUAGCACAGACACGAUCAUUAAGUUAAAAAAAUGGGACGGUAUGAAACGAGUUUACUAAGAAGAGAUAAGAGAACAUUGCAAAUGGUUAUUUAAUUAUUGAUCUAAUGCUAGAAAAUACAUAACAGGAAAAAGCUGAAGCAGAAUUAUUAGAUACUUUAGAUAUAGAUAACUGAAAAGGAGUUGAAAUAAUGCCGAGCAUCCUCUCGUGUUUUAGAAUAGAAGUUAUUCAGGAGAGCAAUGAAAGUGAUUUUAACAGAUCAAAGAGAAUUCGGUAGAACCUGUCUAUUAGAGAGAAAAACAAACAAUGUUGCUUCAAUCGAUGAGUUGAUCAUUUGUGUUAUAAAAGCUUGCAGUAGAAAACUAUGCAAUCCCAGAGAUCCAAUAGCAAAGCUUCAACGCCUUUUUGAUCAAGCAGCAAACGCGAUUUGGUUUUUAGAAACAAGAAGCUGUUAACUUUACCUAAAGAUAAUGCGAUAUUUUACGAAUGUGAUUCCCAGCUGAAAAAAAAACGAACUUACUCAUCUUCUCAUGAAGUAUAUUUUCGCAGACUUACGGAUAUGAAGAAAAAUGUAACACUUGUUGUGGACAAUGAUUCCUGACAUAAGUACGAUACAGUGCCGCGCAAUACCCGAUAGAAUCAUAGCAUAUUAAUUUAGGUUUCGAUAUUCACAGCCAAGUUGCUCACCCCGGUCAAAUUUCGCCCCAAAACGCUUUCCAUGUGACGCAUGUAAUAAAAUGAAUGGAAAUUUUGUUUCGCUUUAAUUUUUGGCCAACAGCAAACAAAAAAGUUCUGAUAAUUUAGUUCUGAUGCUAAUUAUUUUGAGUCUUUUUUCAGUAGAACAUAAAAAUUUCCGGAAUGUAUUCUGACCCUGUAUUCUUUGAAUGAUCAUAGGUUUUCUACCCCUGGCGAAAGCUCAUUCGUCACAAAUGCUCACGGUCGCUGUUUCCGACGAACACGAUUUGAUUUUAUUUCAAGCAGAUGUGCAAAUAAAAUUUACAGUUGCUAAUAGUCGAGCAAGAGAAACAGUGAUCGAGCAUUACAUUUGUCCAGGGAGGGGAAAAAGGAUGAACUAACUUUUUAUUAUGCCAAGAAAAGCAGUCUCCUCAUGAAACAUUCGAUUCACAGAAGUUUGGUUUGUUAUUUUAUUUAUCUUUUCACAUUUAGGCCAGAUAAAAUUGAAAAAGAUAUUGAAUUCAAAAUCAUUUAACGAGAGUGCAAAUACUUGGUAACUUUUUUUAAGUUUAAGCAGUCCAGCGAACUAUAAUUUAACUGACGUUUGAAUCGGCAUUGUCGAAACGAAAUUAUAAGCAUUGAACAAGAGUGAAGAAAUGUACAUUUGCGAAAGUGCUUUCGAUUAGAAAAAUAUGAAAACAUUAAAAACACUUUAAGAUAUCAAAAUAUAUCGAAAUACUGCAGAAAAUGCUAUUUCUAAAACUUUCACUUUGUAACAACUACCUUUCAUUAUUACUAUAGACAGAAAUCAACAAAUGCAAAAAAAAACGAUUUGUCAAGCCAUGAAUAAAAUCAUGAAUGAAGCCCAAACAUUGAUUUUUCUAACACAUAAUAAUUGCAAAACAAAAAAAGUUAAACAAAAUAUUUUCAACCAUGAGACUAUAGGAAAAAAACUCAGCAAAUAAUAUUACAAACACAACUACAUAUGUGACAACCCGCAUGUUUCUCUUUGUAAAUAUUAUUGAAGGUGGUAAUAAAAUAUAUUUAAAACACA